CCGUGAAACCUUCUUUUAGCUAGGUCUAACGGCAGAAGGCGACAUCCGGAGAUUCAUACGCAAGACUGCAGGCGAGGGUUCUAAUCUAGACGCGAAGUGCAGGUCUGCGGGCGAGGGAUUCCAGACGCGAGAAAUGAAGAUUGCGAUUGAAGGGUGCAUGCACGGCGACCUGGAUAGUGUCUACGCCACUCUCUUACAUCUGCAAGAAGUGGAGAAUACAAAAAUUGACCUUCUCAUUUGCUGUGGUGACUUUCAGGCUGUUAGGAAUGAGAAAGAUUUGGAAAGCUUAAAUGUGAAGCCUAAGUUUCGCAGCAUGAACUCCUUCUGGAAAUACUACUCUGGGGAGAAAAUAGCGCCUUUUCCAACUCUAUUUAUUGGGGGGAACCAUGAAGCGUCUAAUUAUUUGUGGGAACUAUAUUAUGGUGGAUGGGCAGCCCAUAACAUAUACUUCUUGGGUUUUGCUGGAGUAAUAAAGUUUGGUAAUAUUCGUAUUGGAGGGCUUUCUGGAAUUUUUAAGUCUCAUCAUUAUUUCUUAGGACACUAUGAGAGGCCACCUUAUAACGAAAGUGAUAUCCGUUCUAUAUAUCAUGUUCGUGAAUAUGAUGUUCUGAAGCUGAUGCAGAUUCAGAAACCGAUGGAUAUUUUCCUGUCACAUGAUUGGCCUCUUGGCAUAACAGACUAUGGAAACUGGAGGGAGCUUGUUCAACGGAAAAGAUUUCUAAAGGAUGAGAUUGAAGCGAAAACCCUUGGAAGCAAGCCGGCUGCUGAGUUGCUGGAAAAGUUGAAACCCUCUUAUUGGUUUUCAGCUCAUCUACACUGCAAAUUUGCUGCUCUUGUUGAGCAUGGAGAGGGUGGCCCAGUCACGAAAUUUCUUGCACUUGACAAAUGUCUUCCAGGGCGCAAGUUUUUGCAGGUUGUCGAAAUUGAAUCAGAUCCAGGCCCACAUGAGUUUCAAUAUGAUGAAGAGUGGCUGGCAAUAACAAGGAAUUUUCACUCUGCCUUUCCUUUAACCAACAAACGAGUAGACUUGAGGGAUAUUACACUUGACUUGCAAGAUUGUCAACAGUGGGUCAACAAUAAGCUCCUAAAUAGAGGAGGGGCCAAACCUUUUGAUUUUGUUCCUACAGCACCUUGUCACAAUUCCCGGAAGUUUGCUCCAGAAAAUAACUCAAAGGAAUGCUAUAGAAACCCUCAAACAGAGGCUUUUUUGCAGUUACUUGAGCUUCCUUAUAUUUUUGAUAAGCAGCAGUCAUCAAGGGAGUAUAGUGGCAGAACUAUGAGUAGUUCUGAGGGUAUAGGUUCCUCUAGUUAUUACAGUGAAGACAUCCCUAUUGACGAUGUGGAUGAGAUGGAAGAACUUGCUGAAGAUGAAGAAAAAAAAGAGGAAACUAACUAGCUUAUCAUAUGAAGGUGAAUGAAAUAGAGGAAACUUUCUUGUUGAAGAAGAUGCGGGAAUAUCCUAUAAAUCCUAACCCUAAAGUAACCCCAUCUGAAAUCACUUAUUGCUCAUGUAUUUGGAUUAGUUUUCAGGUACAUAAACAUUGAUAAAUUGAUAAUUUUAUUUAUUUAUGUAUUUAGAAUGGAUUGGGAUGCAAGAAUGAAACAAUUAGCAAGUUUUUGAAGUAUCUGGAGUUAAAAGGUCUUCAUUUGAUUUGAAGUACCAAUUCACUUUGAUGUUAUCAGA